ACGUCGCCGCAUUUGUCGUUCUUGACAUUUUCUACUAUUUUUGUUUUGUCUAACAUGUGUGUAGACGACUUCUAUCUGUUACCUUCAAAUAGUGUUCAGCUGUGUUACUAUGGCAACUAGAUAUAUGAAUGGAGCCCUAAUCUACAUAUACUCUCGGCUAUGCAUCUUCAAAUAGCUGGACAUUUGAUCGCCUCCUGACCGGGCACGUCAGUUGUCCUAGUCCGCCCCUGACGUCGUCUCAAGCAGUGGAGCUUCCUCCUCCCCAAGCCGUGGAGUCUUCUGGAUGGACGCUAGGUGGCGUCUUCUAUUCUUUGGUUGCCUGCUCAAAAAAGUUGGAAGAGGAAAAUUACGAAACACCAUUUUAAUCCCAACGAAUGUGCAUUGUGUUUUUGAAUUAGGCGAUUAAAAUCUACAGCUUAUAAAGAGAGGGAUCAUUGUUUACAAUUAGAUCGACAACUUAUAGAGGGAGUAAUCAUUGUUUUUUUAAAAAAAGAGUGCCUUUGUAUCUUCUAACCCCAAAACAAUACUUGCAAAUCUGUUGGGACCAACAGUUGGAUCUUAUUUCUUGCUUUUUUGACCUAAAAGUGGGCUAGUUUUAAUUAAGUGUACAAAAGUAAGUGUAUAUAUAUAUAUAUAUAUUCUUCUGGAUUUAAAUGUGCAUGGUUCUGUGUUGAAACAUAAGAAAAUACCUAUGAAUUUGUAUCUAGGUUUGGGAUUGAGGGAUUAUGGUUUUCGACUAUGUGAAUAAAUUUUGAUUUUAAUGUGAAAUUUGAAGCGCACCAAAUUUGUAGUGCACUAAACAACGUUUAGUCUUUUUUAUUUAAAUACCGUCUUCAUAUUAUAAAAAGAAGACGUUUCUCAAGACGCUACUUAUGUCAUUUUUCGGUUUCUGAAAGAAAUAAUGCUGUCUCGACUGGCCGCGUCAGAUGCUUGACUAUCUGCUCGUUUCCCCACAACGCCACGCUCAGACUGCCCGCGGCCUUUGGCCUCCUCGCGCCGCCCCUGAAGAGGCGACACCUAUGCUCGCUGAGUGGCGACGCCCUCUUCUUGACCCCAGACGAGAGACAAACCUAGUCGUCGAGAGCUACCACCUCUACCUUCAGCUCCGCCUCUGCGACUCGAUGGGUUGCCAACAAAGCCACGCCGAGGGCGCCGAGGAGGACUCGGUGGAGUCGCUGCGCUACAGCCGGCGCUCCACGAAGAUCAAGCGGAGCAAACGCAAAAAACUCAGCAAGACCAAAAGCGGGGGCUCCGAGGUCGACCACGCCCCGGAGGAGAACGGCGGCGACGUGGUCCCCCACGAGGACACGCCCCCCGAGCCAAGCAAAAAGGCGAAAGACAAAAACGCCAAGAGGAAGAAGACGAAGAACGGCGAGAGGAAUCAAAUCUUCAGCAGUUCACAGCAGUCCAUUAAAAACGUGUUGACUUUGUCGGUGGACACCCCAGAAGCCGCGGAGAUUGAAGCAAAGCAGGGUAAGUUUGGGUCCAAGCACGUGUUUCCUAUUUGGGAGUCGCACUACAAUGAAACCUGCAAAUGUGACAAUGCCGCGGAGGCGAACGGCACCGGCCCAGAGGACGACUCCCGCAAGCCGAGGAUGUCGUCGGACCAGCUGUGCAAGCGGUGCUCCCAGCUGCUCUUGCACAACAAGAAGGGGGUGUCCAACAACAACAUCAGCGGCGGAGCCACCGACCCCCCUGCCAGGAACGUGGCGGUGGAGACGCCGGGCACUGCCGGGGCAGGCCAGCCGGCACCUGCGGACCCCAGCAGCCUGACCAGCGACCCGUUCCAGAGCAUGACACAGCAAACGCAGAUAGCGGCCAUCGCCAACCUUCUUGUACUGGCAGCCUUAGAUCUUUCAGUCCCAGCAAGCAACUUACUGGUCAAGAACAGAAAGAAUGCCUGGAUACAGUUGGCUGGACAUCCAGGUUCCUUUGCCCCAGCGGGUCCCAAGACUAUAUGGAAGAAACGUCUGGUGAAAGAAAACUAUGAAACUCUAGCCUAUCAAGCUUUGUGUGAAUACCAGCAGUCUAAAAAUAUUAUGCCAACAUUCCAUCGAGAGGUGGAGUUUAAUGGAGAAUAUUUUAUUGAAAUAGAAGAUUUGCUACAUCACUUCAAUGACCCAAGUAUUAUGGACAUCAAAAUGGGCACCAGAACAUUUCUGGAGGUGGAAGUGAAGAACCCAGUACUGAGGAAAGAUUUAUAUGAGAAGAUGGUGAAAGUGGACCCCAACGCCCCUACAGCAGAGGAGAGAGCCCAGGAAGCUAUAACAAAGUUACGCUAUAUGCAGUUCAGAGAACAUGAAAGCUCUACAGCAAGUUUAGGUUUCAGAAUAGAAGCCAUCAGGAUGAGUGGAGAGCCUCCGAACACAAAUUUGAAAAAAGUCAGAACAAAAGAAGAGGUAUCAUAUUUCAUUGAGACAUUUGUCAAAGGACAUGAAGUGGUCAUCCCUUCACUGCAUCAGCGGCUGUGUGAUAUCAGAGACAAAUUCGAAUCCAUUCCAUUCUUUCAGUCACAUGAGAUCAUAGGAAGCAGUUUACUGAUCAUGUUUGACAGCAGCAACCAUGCUGGUGUCUGGAUGAUUGACUUUGCUAAAACAAUUCCAGUGGAGAACACCUUGACUCACAGGGAACCAUGGGAACAGGGUAAUCAUGAAGAUGGCUAUCUGACAGGACUGGAUAACUUGGUUGAGAUAUUUGGUGAGCUGUCACAAAAACAACAGCAACAAGGGGAGGCAAGUUGAUCUCUGAAACCAAAAUUUACCAACCACUCAGUUUUAGCUCCCCUUUUGUUAGUCCAGCUUCGUGUGAGACAGACAAUGCAAGCUUGUCAACUAGACAGAAUUGUUUUGUAUUAGAUUUGUUUUGAUCUAUUUUUUUUUUUUAAAUUAUAAUUCCAUUUGUUAACAAUGUCAUUAUAUGCUCUGUUUAUUUUUAUAUUGGCAACACCUCAUAGAAAACGCCUCAUUUGACAGCACAUGACAUUUGACAGCCAUUUAACCUCACAGCUACAUAGUGAGACCAAUAAUUUCCGAACAGGAAAAUAUAAUACCAGUCCCAAUUUUUUUGGAUAUAUGUGACUAAAAUUUUAUUUUUUUAAAUUAUUUUAAGACUUAAAAAAACAUAUGUGUUAAUCUUUUUCUUGAUAAUUUCAUUCGUUUCUGACUUAAAGUGGACAACCUAAGUGAUCAGCAUUAAAAGAAGAAUUUUACUUCAAAUUGGUGCCAAAUUAGUGUGUUUUCAUAAGGCCUUAAAGAACUCAAUCAAAAUCUGUUGUCUGAUCAAAUUAUAGAAGUCAUUUGCUUAUUAAGAUGUUUAAUGUCAAAAGAUGUAAAAGUGAUUUAAGAACUCGUGUCAAUUUUUGUUUUCUUUUUCUGAAGAUGGUGGCAAGCAUUGAUUAUAAUUUUUUAACAGAGUCUAGUGCCAAAUAGAAAUGUGCUUAGUUCUUUUUAUAAUAAUCUGAUAAAAGUCAUAUUAUAUUAUAGUUUCUUAAAUUUGAAUAUAAAAUGGAGCGAUCAAAGUACAAUUAUGUUUUUAUAAACAGAAAGUUUUAUUAUCUACAACCAGGGUGUUAUGUAGAUUGAUUUUUAAUUAGUUAUUUGGAAAUAUUGCUUUUACUUGUUAUGUAUGUUCUGGCUACCAACGUAUUAGUCUGCUUUCAGAAAUUAUAUUUUCUAUAUAAAAACCAAUUUUAAAUGAGCAUGCUACAAGAGAUAUGGUUAUCCAGAAUUAAUUAUUUAUGCUUUAGAUUAACCAGCUGUGCCAAUGUGAAAAUUGUUUCAAUGUGCCUUUAUUUGGCACAUAACUUUCCUCUCUCCCUGGCCACUUCGCUGGUGGCUUGGCUUGGUGGAGUUUCAUUUACUGUUUGACAGGAUUCAUUAUGAAAACUUACUACUCGUGGUUGUGUUGGCAUGGGGCUUGAAGGCAUGAUGAAACUUGAGUUUUGCAGUCUAAUUAUGGUUACCAGGCUGGUGUCUGGUUACUAUUAAGCUACCACUCAAGUGGAUGUAUUGUACACUUUGUGUUGAAUUUAAAAUGUGUGACUUCUGUUCGUGAAGUUAGUGUGUACAUUGUGGGUUAUGUCCCUUGUAUCUUACAUCCUGGGCAGUAUUUUUGUAGUUUUUUGUUUUUAAAUAGUAGGUGACGCUAGUGAGCGGCUAGUGAAAAUAAGGUCAUAAUUUUUUUUCUUGCUUUUUAGUCCUUUAAGGUUAGGGCUCAUAUCUUUGUUGUAUCAAAGGAAGUAGUUCACACUGGUGGCCAUGAUCUAACUUUAGGUAUCCUCUACUUGGUCAAAAGGACUGAUGAAAUUCAUAUGGUAAUUGAUGUUAAAAUAUAUACUGGUAUUUAUAUAUCGAAUAUUUAAUUUAUUCUGAAAUUUAUGUUGGUACAAUAUACAGACUGCACCAAGUGUGUCUUGUCCAAAUCAGUGAUUCUCUCAACAGUUCUGGGUAUUUUCUGGCACAAAAAAAAAUAAUUGUAUCUUUAGUUAACUUUAAAAGUGAAAAUGUGAAUUUCUUCUGGGUUGGUUUUUUUUUACUUUGCUGGCCUCACCUCAGGAAAAAUACAUGAGCUUAAUCCUAAUUGUGUAGAGGUGACAGAAUAAUUAUUUGUUUCUUCAUUAAAAAAUUAAGCUAGCUUCAAGUUUUUUCCAAAAGGUCCAUUGCUAGAUCAUAAUUGCAACAUUUUGUUGACUGUUUGAUUUUAAAUUUAAGUGUUCCUCUGAGACAUGACGAUUUUUUUUAUUUUUCAUGUAACCAAAGCUGGAGAAAAGAAAACAUUUUUUUUUACCAAUUUUUUAACUUGUUGCCUUUUACAGUGUGGUUGUAUAUAUUAGUUGCCGCAGAAAAUUGUAUUAUCCAUGUUGACAAAAGUAUCUGUGCUGCCAUCUCAUUAUCACUGUUAGGGUCCAUGUUGAAACUUAAAGGGAAGACUACUUAUUUAUUAGGCAUCACAGCACUAACUACUCCAUGUACAGAGUUACAUAACCUUUUUAAUGUUCACCACUAAAAGCUUGGAAUGUCCCAGUGCCAAGCAAGUCUCUGGGAGAGCAAUUCAGAAUCUGACAUGUAUUUUGCUUUUAUUAAUUGUAAUACCUUUAACAGGGUAGUUUAUCAUUCAGAUAUGUCACUGACCAAAUACUUCUUUGUUCUCCACAUCCACAUAACAAUGUCAUGAAUACCUUUGGUUAGUUUUAGUCAAUAGGAAGAAAUCAAACUGAACUCAUUGUACCGGUACUGCAGAUGUUGAUGUGAUCCCAACACAUCAUUGUACUGCGGAUGUUGAUGUGAUCCUAACACAUCAUUGUACUGCGGAUGUUGAUGUGAUCCUAACACAUCAUUGUACUGCGGAUGUUGAUGUGAUCCUGACACAUCAUUGUAUUGCGGAUGUUGAUGUGAUCCCAACACAUCAAUGUACUGCAGAUGUUAAUGUAAUCUUAACACAUAUUAUUCUUGAACACACAAUUUUUCUGUUUUUGCAAUGCACCGCUAAUUACUGUGUCUAAACUUAGUGUUGACAUACUGAGUAGUGUUUUAUUUCAGCCAUUUUAAUUGCCUGAAUGUCUUCUGAUAGAGAGAACGGAGCUUUGAUCUUUGGCCAGUACACUUGUCGCUAGAGAUUCAAAUAUUUUCAAAUGUUUUCAUGUUUGUUUCUUUUUCACAAUUUCUUGGUUUCAUUAAACAUGAAGAAAAGAUU